AUGGACUCCAACCCCCAACUGCUUCGGAGGACACACUCGCCCUUUGUCGCCGCAUCUGCCGCCGCAGCCUCAUCCACCCUGGCCGUUGAAACUCACACCCACGGACACCAUCAUCACAGCCACGGUCAUGGCCAUGGCCACUCUCACACCCUCGCCACCUCACCAGGAGUAAGACCAGUUGGCAUCGAGAACAACCUCCUCCAGAUAAAGAAGCCUUUGACUGAGGCCCAUGCGUCCGGCUUUACGACAUCGCCUGCUUCGACCAUGACUACAACAACAACCAUGAACGGAAAUAUACCCUUUGCCUCAUCUGUCGCCCAUGGUCAUAGUCAUGGCCUGUUUGAUCAGCAUCAACACCACGACCACAGCCAUCACGACCAUAGUCAUAGUCAUACCCACAACGACAACCAUAAUCAGGGUCAGACGAAUGGAUACCCAGCAGGAGGAGCACCAGAACAUAAGCACGAUCACCAUUUCCAACCCCAAGGCUUCCAACAGCACCAGCACGACCAUUCUGGACACAAUCAUAGCCAUGAUCAUGGACACGGACACGGCCACAACAAUAAUCAAGGGCAUGCCCACGAUCAUCAUGCUCACGACCACGGACAUGGCCACCACAAGGACGAUCACCACGACCACGAUCACCACGCCCAUGGUCAUGGUCACGGGCACGGACACCACGAUCAUGGUCACGGCCACAGCCAUGGUCAUGAACAUGAUCAUGGCCACGACCACCACCACGAUCAUCAUCAUCCCGUCAGCUUCCGGUCCCAGCUACCUUCAUACGGCGAGAUCUUUGGAAACCUCAUGCCCAAGCAAAAGACCAUGUUCACCUGGAUUCUGGCCCACUCCACCAUCGCCGUCUUCACCUGGCUCUCCGGAAUGCGUGCAGGAUCAUUGUCUAUCAUCGGAUUGUCGUACAUGCUUUUGUUUGACGCCUUUGGGAUCUUGAACAUCUUUGUCUCCAGCGUCAUCCACACCGAUAUCAAGAUGAAGAAGUCGACCGUGAAACAUCCCUUUGGUGUCCAGCGGUUUGAGAUUUUGUUUGGAUUGUUCAACGCCAUCUUUUUGCUGUUCAUCGGUAUGAACAUGCUCAAGGAGAGUUUGGAACAUUUGAUGCUCGAGGAUGACCACCACGGGGACGAUCAUGGAGCUAUUGUGCGCGUACCGAUUUUCUGGACUCUGGUGGCGCUGGGAGCCACGUUGGUCUCUUCAUUAGGUUACCAGAACCAUAAGUAUUUCUGCCUUUUGCUGAGCGCGAACGGACAUGUGUCAACACAGGCAGCAUUUGGCCGCUCAGAUUCUUUAAAGCUAGUCUCAUUGACCAGUAACAAGUUCUCCCUAACAAGCUUGGCCUGCGUCGUGGGGGUCCUCUUGGUCGCCAUGUUCCCCAAAUUCGACGCCCUCGACAAAAUGAUCGCCAUCGGCCAAUCCAUCAUCAUGUUCUCCCUCGGAGGACCCCUGGCCAAAGUUCUCGGAAUGCUUCUCCUCCAGACAACCCCACCACGUGCUCUGGAAACCAUCGAAGAUACGGUGCGCCAACUCUCGGCGGUCAACCCUGCGAUCCUGAGGAUGGAACGCGCACAUGUUUGGACGAAUACGUUGGGACAGUUGAUUGGAACUGUGGUGGUCAGUGUUGCCAAGGGUGCUGAUGAGCAGGCGAUCUUGGCGAGUAUUCAUCAGAGGCUAGCUGGGUUCUUGGACCUCGAUGCAAAAUCCGAAGGUACUGGCGAGUUGACUGUUCAGUUAGUUCAUAAUUAG